AUGUCGGCCAGUUGUGAGAUUACCAUUACCAGCCCUCAGGAGGCCAACACCAAGAGCAGUCUGAUCGUGGUUUCCAACCGAUUGCCGUUCGUGCUCAAGCGGGACGCCAUUACUGGCCAGCUGAACCGCCAUGCCAGUGCCGGCGGUUUGGUGACGGCCGUGGCACCCGUCGUCAUCAAGGGCAAAGGUCUCUUGGUCGGAUGGUCCGGUAUGACUCUGGCCGAGACAGAUGCCAUUCAAGAAUCAGAUCCGUCCGAUUGUACGCCGACGGCCGGUCUCCCCUCGGAACAGGUCGUUUCGGUUAACGUGGAACCGAAGCUGUUCGAUAGCUACUACAAUGGAUGUUGCAACGGAACCUUCUGGCCACUUUUUCACUCGAUGCCUGGGCGGGCCACAUUCUGCGCCAACAACUGGAGGGCGUACUACGAGGUGAACAAGAAAAUCGCCGCCCAAACGAUUGAAGCCCUGGAGCGAUGUUUGAAGCAGAAGAAGAACCCUGGAAUUCCGAUUAUCUGGAUUCACGACUACCAUCUGAAGCUGGCCGCAAACUGGGUUCGCGAAGCAGCUGAUGAGAGAAAUUUGCCGUGCCAAUUAGCGUUCUUCCUCCACAUACCGUUUCCUCCGUGGGAAAUUUUUAGGCUGUUUCCGUGGUCUGAUGAAACCUUGCAGGGAAUGCUGGCGUGUGAUAUGAUCGGGUUCCACAUUCAGAAUUACUGUCUAAACUUUGUGGACUGCUGUCAGCGAAAUCUCGGCUGUCGCGUUGAUCGUAAGAACCUUCUGGUAGAGCAUGUUGGUAGAUCGGUCCGGGUUAGACUCCUACCGAUCGGAAUCCCAUUCGAUAGGUUCGUGGAGCUGGCGAAGAAAGCUAAGCGUGUUAUCAGAACUAAGCAAAAGAUCAUCCUCGGUGUAGACAGACUGGAUUACACCAAAGGACUGGUCAACAGAUUGAAAGCUUUCGAAGUAUUGCUUGAGAAACAUCCGGAGCAUCGGGAGAAUGUCAGUUUACUACAGAUUGCAGUGCCUUCUAGAACCGACGUUAAGGAGUACCAGAAGCGUGAAGUGUCGUCCCCAGUGCGUGUGUGCCGUAAAAGAAAAACCGCUUCACCGGGAGUGAAAUCGCGUUGA